AUGGAAGGUGGAAGUUCGUUCAGCCGAAGGUCGUGGGCGUCACAGUCUUUACGCGUCACUGCCAGGGAGCUCUCAUUGGUCAACACGCGAGGCAAGACCAAUGCCAUCGCAGAGCGCUUCUCCAAGUGAGUGACACAAAACUCUCUACUAAAGACACUUCUGUCUAUAUGAACAGUAGACACAUCUUCCAAAUGCAUCUUACCAAACACACAUCUAUCUGUAGGGAUUAGGGAAUCCUCCAUCUCCCAGCUUUAGCAAACUUACCUAGUGAACUAAGCACACGUAUCUCUUUGGUGCUCAUCUCCAGUAUGGACAGUCAGUCAAGUCGGUGUCGGUCAGGCGCCAAAAUGAAAGUCAACCCAAACACUUCAGGCUUAAAGCUUUAUAUAAGUGCUCCCACCCCAAAUUCACAUACUUAAUGGAGAGAGGAAAAGAGAAGGGUUAACUGAGAUGUUAGCUGUAUAUUAAAGAGAUCAUUCUGACUGUUAAUGUUUACCACUCUUUAAAGCAGCAAUCAGCAGUUGAAACAAUAACAAAGCAUUUUCCCCACCACUGUUUUGGUAAAAAGCGGGAGGAUGGGGCUGGAGAGCUAUAGAUGCAAGGACUGAUCAUCCAUGAUAUCAUUAAAUAUAGUUUUAACAAUAUUUGUUAGGCUAUACAGUGUUUGUUUACAAACAUUUGAGUAAAACAAGCUUAUAUUUUGGGUUUUGAUGGGGUACGACAGUUGAACUAAGUUUAUAAGUAAUAUUCUUCAAGAAUCAAUGAGCUUAGGUGCAUCCAAUUUCCUUUGAUCAUCCUUGAGAUGUCACUACAAUUUGAUUGGAGUCCACCUGUGGCCAAUUCAAUUGUUUGGACAUGAUUUAGAAAGAAACCCACCUGUCUAUAUAAGGUCCCACAGUUGUCAGACAGACACUAUACCAUGAAGUCCAAGGAACUGUCCGUAGAUCUCCAAGAUAGAAUUGUGAUGAGGCAUAUAUCUGGGGAAGGGUAUAAAACAAUUUCUAGAGUGUUGAAAGUUUCCAAGAGCACAGUGGUCUCCAUCAUUGGGAAAUUGAAAAAAUGUGUAACUACCCAGACUCUGCCUAGAGCUGGCCGUCCGACCAAACUGAACAACCGUGCAAGAAGGACCUUGGUUAGGAAGGUGACGAAGAACCCAAUGACUACUCUGACAGAACUACAGAGUUCCUUGGCUGAGAUGGGAGAACCUGCCAGAAAGACAACAGUCUCUAUAGCACUUCACCAAUCUGGGCUUUAUAGGAGAGUGGCCAGACGGAAACCGUUCCUGAGAAAAAGGCACAUGACUGCACGCCUGGAGUUUGCAAAAAGGCACGCGAAAGACUCUGAGAACAUAAGUCAAAAGAUUCUGUGGUCUGAUAAGACAAAAAUUUUACUCUUUGGCCUGAAAGCAAAGCGGUAUGUCUGGAGAAAACCAGGCACAGCUCAUUACCCGUCUAACACCAUCCCUACCGUGAAGCAUGGUGGUGGCAGCAUCAUGCUAUGGGGGAUGCUUUUCAGCGCCAGGUACUGGGAGACUGGUAAGGCUAGAGGGAACAAUGAAUGGAGCCAAAUAUAGGCAAAUCCUUGAUGAGAACCUGCUUCAGAGUGCAAAUAAUAAUAAUAUGCCAUUUAGCAGACACUUUUAUCCAAAGCGACUUACAGUCAUGUGUGCAUACAUUUGUACGUAUGGGUGGUCCCGGGGAUCGAACACACUACCCUGGUGUUACAAGCGCCAUGCUCUACCAAUUGAGGUACAAAUGACCUUAGACUGGGGUGAACAUUUACGUUCCAACAGACAAUGACCCCAAGCAUACAGCCAAAGCAACACUGGAAUGGGAUCAGAACAAGAAUGUGAAAGUCCUUGAGUGGCCCAGCCAAAGCCUAGAGUUGAAUCCCAUUGAAAAUGUGUGGAAAGACUUGAAGAUUGCUGUUAACCGUCACUCCCCAUCUAACUUAACAGAGUUUGAGAAAAUCUGCAAGAAAGAAUGGGAGAAAAUCCAGAUGAGCAAAGCUGAUAGACAUACCCAAGACGACUCAAAGCUAUAAUUGCCGCCAAAGGUGCUUCUACAAAGUAUUGACUUGGGUGUAAAUACUUAUGUAAAUGAGAUUUCUGUAUUUCAUUUUCAAUAAAUUGGCAAACAUUUCUAAGAACACGUUUUCACUUUUUCAUUAUGGGGUAUUGUGUGUAGAUGGGUGGGAGAAAAUAUAUUUAAUCAAUUUUGAAUUCAGGCUGUAACAACAAAAUGUGGAAUAAGUCAAGGAGUAUGAAUACUUUCUGAAGGCACUGUAGAUGAGGGACAUAGGCAAAUUACAGUUGGCCCAGAACAGAGCAGCACGUCUGGCCCUUAAAUGUACACAGGGGGCUAAUAUCAACAACGUGCAUAUCAAUCUCUCCUGGCUCAAAGUAGAGGAGCGAUUGACUGCAUCACUACUGGUCUUUGUGAGAGGUAUUGAUGUGUUAACCAAUUGAACAGACAGUUCUGUACUUUUAACACACAGCUCAAACACUCAUACAUACCCCACAAGACAUGCCACCAGAGGUCUCUUCACAGUCCCGAAUAGAGGCUAGGAAAUGCACACUGCACUAUAUAGAGCCAUGACUACAUGGAACUCUCUUCCACUUCAGGUAACUCAAGUUAGCAGUAAAAUCCAAUAGAUUAAACAACACCUCACGGUACAAUGCGGACUGUGAAGAGAACCACACGCACACACUCUUACACACACAUUCUAAAACACACACUCUACACCCACACACCCACACAUUAUUCUUAGUAGUGUAGUAAUGUAAAUUUGUAUAAUGCACAAUGUUUAGAGUAGCUGCUGCCUUGGCAACAGCUAAUGGGGAUCCUAAUAAAAUAUGUACAUGUCCAUUUCUCAUGUUGCUAUGCAAAGUAGAUGUUACGUCACCACAAUCUUGAUAUUCCAGUUCGUCAUCAUUCAUCAUAUUGGGAACAGACUGAAAGUACAACUGUAUGAGUUAAGAAAAGGAGAAAAACGUAAUGAAGGGUUAUGUCAUUGGGAGAUGAGUAUAGCUCAGUCUAGACAUAACCCCUAGCCACUAGCCCCUUCCCCUUAGUCCCUAACCCUUUAGUGUGCAGAUCCAGAAAAAACUGGAUUGGUGUCAGAAAAAUGUUAGAAGCCUCACUAAACCUUUUUUAUAUUGUUUGCACACCUACCUGGUCUCUUCAGACCUGCAAAACCUCUGUAGAUAUUAUUGAUUCAACACCAAUGCAAACUUCCAUUCCCAGCAUAAUGCCAAUGUUGGUAAUGCUUUGGUCCAUUUUAUUGUGUGCACCUCUUCUCUUGAUCAGCAGAGGUCAAUGUUGCUCCUCUCUCUCUCCAACAGGUACCAGAGAGCUGCUGAGGAGUCUAAUGCAGAGAAGAAGAAAGCAGUGAGUAUCUCCAUUCAGCUCCCCAACAAGAGGCCCACUCAUGGAAUUACAGGAUGUGACAUCAUUACAUCAGACACACAGUCACCAGUUCAAUGAUACACUUGUGGAGCUGUCCUCUUGGUCAAGACCCUGUCUCUUUGAAUCUGUCACCAGUGAACUAUAUACUAAAGUGUGUAUGCCUGAGUGGUUUUGUGCUCUCUGCUCUCUUCUCUGCUUAGGCUACUUAUGCUUGACAGUGAGUAAAUGGGAUAAAGCACUUUAUCAUUCACAUUGUCUGCCUCUUUUUUAGAGGGCCUUUCAAAAACGACCUCCCACACACACAUUAUUAUCCUCAUCCCGUCUGAGGAACACACACACCGAGUCCAUGCCUAGCUCUGCCUGGCCACUUAUUGUGAUGGGCAGGCAGUCAUGACCCUAAUCCUGACUCAGCCAACUAAUCCCAAAGUAAUUCCCUCUUGGGAUAGUUGUCUUUGUCUGUUGGGCAGUGCUGGAGAAGUGGACAAGGGUACAGGGAAUAAGUGAUCAGCCAAUGUCAUGCAGGAGUACAAGGUAACUACCAUUUCCAAUAGCUGAUAGAUGGGGAUUGUAUUCUGAUCAUUGGUUACUUAGCUGCCAGUGAAUGCUGUUCCUUCCUGUCUGUGCUGAGUUAAACAGGUUCAGUCAGCACAAUGCUGUGUGUGUGUGUGUGUGUGUGUGCGUGCGUGUGUGUGUGUGUGUGUGUGUACCGACAGGCAGGCAACACUGGUGUCAAGGGAUGGGCUGUACAUUUUCCAAGGGUAAUGGAAGGAGGAAGAGCGGUCUCGGCUUUCCUCUGUGUUGCGGUAUGGAGCAUAGGGGUCAGGAGUUUUACUUUUUCACAUAUUUUUGGUCCCUACGUUUUUACAGGUCAGGUCAAACAGCAGCAGUGUCAUAAUGAAGGAUUACAUGUAUAUUUGGAGCUGACAGAUUACAUGGGACUAAAACAAUUUAACAUGAGACUAUGAGAUGGCAUUUUGGUCCACAAAUAAACUGUAAGGAGGCUCCUGUAGUCUUCCUAAUAUUAUGUUGACUAUGUGGCAUCUCAAACCCCCCCCCCCCUUCAACUGUGACCAUUAUAAGUAAUUGUUCUGUAUGUAAUUACAGGUAUCAUUAUUUCUACUUAAUCACAUCUAUUAUGUUCUCUAACCACAAAAGACACGCAGAAGUUAAUGAUCAUUUUAUAGGGGAAUGAAUGUUCCACUCCGUAAGAGCUAUCAUGGUGGCUUACUGUACUCUCAAUUAAUGUGGUCCUCCCUGCUGCUGAGUCAGUCAGAUUGAAUCACAGUUUGGGUUCUGACCAGGAAGUAAGUGUGUGUGUUCAGUAGCGGUAAUGGCUGGAAUUAGCCGCCUAUAGCAGGAAUCUGACUCAGUCACUGACUGAGAUGGCUCCAUAGGUUAAACAGGACAACAUAAUGUGUUGUAGUUUACACUGUCUUCUUGAGGACAAAGAAUAAGAGUUUGGUUUUGUACAACAACACCGUCAGGAAUGUUUUUUUUCAGUUUUGAUUUAAUAUAAUAUAUAUUUUUAAUUGUUUGUAUUUUUGUUAGUCAAUUAGCAGACACUCUUAUCCAGAGUGACUUACAGGAGCAAUUAGGGUUAAGUGCCUUGCUCAAGGGCACAUCGACAGAUUUUUCACCUAGUCGGCUCGGGGAUUAGAACCAGCGACCUAUCGGUUACAGGCACAACGCUCUUAACCACUAAGCUACCUGCCGCCCCAUUUGAAUUUGAAUGUCAUGAUGUGAUUUGGCAUCACAGAUCUCGACACUGACGGCAAGAGGUUCUGCAACAUGACACGUUACAUGUUAGGUGAUGACCUUACAUCAGUGCAUGGGUAUGGCUCUGACAUUGGCUCACACAAAAAUUGAAUCCCUGACCCUUCAGCUGUGUCUGAGCUGGAUUUACACAAAAAAUAACUACAUAUAUUUAAAAUCUUUAUUUGGGGAUAAACCUCAAUAAGAGAAGUUAAAACUCAAGUUUAAAAAAACAGACUCAGUCAGCGAAGAGUUAAACCUUUUCCCAAAUGUAUCAUUUUCUGGUUUCCUGGGGUAUUUCCCCCCCCCUCUGCCUCAGUCUCUCUCUCCUGGUCUUGAUGGGGGGUGGGCUAGUUCCUACAUGCAGAGUUUUUCUAACUGCUAACAUCUGGGAGAGCUUGAUCACUCUCACUUAGCACAGACUAGAGGGAAGGAUUGCAGACUGAUUCCAGCUACAGGACUCUCUCUCCCUGCCUGCCACCUCCCCACUACGCCUUGUUUCGUCUCGCUCUCACAGGUUUCACCACUUCUCUUUUCACAAAACGGGGAACAAACUUUUCAUUGUCUGCUGCUCCUUUUCUUUUGUACUUAUUGUACUCCAGCUGCUCUCACAAAGAGAGUUAUUGGGUGUCCUACUGUCUUUGUGUGUUUUCUGUCAGCUUUGGGUUUCUCUCCCUUCUUUCCCUUCGUUCAGUCCUCCCUUCUUCUGCUCUGCUUUUUUUCCAUGUGUUUCCAUCUAGUUUCUGUCACAUCCUUUGUUGGUGGAACAUGACUUGAUGUAUUUUGCAGGUUAGGUUUGUUGGAGUUGCUUGGUUGUGGUGUGUGUGUGGUCAAUGCGAUGACAUUGGGAAGUCAUGUCAGCUUUUUAUAUCUCUCUCAAGUUUGUGUGGACGGCCACUGCUAUAUGGUUGACCAUCACGUUGAAGGGAAAAGUCAGGUUUGUUCUUUGUUAGGGAGUACUGCUUGGGGCUUGUGUUAUGGAUGUCCUUUUACCACUUAGAAUACAUAUUGUUUCUCUUCUUCAUGGGUGUGAACCAUGUGAUUUAGAUGGUUUGUAUUGAGUUGGGCUCUGUUUGCCAUAGCCCAGUGCGGUUCCAUGACAGGAACAUCGAGUUCCCCAUGUAAACUUAACUUUAUUAGUUCAUUAGUUGACUCUGUUCUGCUUUCAAAGGGCCAUAUUGUUUCACAUACCUUUCAGAACUUCCCCAUAUUACACAGACCGUUUACAAGCUGGCAUUCAUUUCCAUAUCUUCUAGUGAAAAUCAAAGUCAUGGACAUCACACAGUGGAGUAUUGUUGUCCCCUAAUAGUUCAGCUUGCUGCUCAGUGUCAGUUAUGAGUUGGGAGCUUCAUGGAUGGUUGAGCCUAUAUGCCGAGCAGAGAACCCUCCCUGUACCUUCAGGAAAAGAUGAUGUAGGUUGCCCCAGAAUGGAAUGCGGUUGGGAAAGAGGUCUCCAUGUUCAGUGCAGCUCUCUCUCCAUCUUGAGCGAAGACUUUGUCUGCCUCUGUAGAGUUGAUUGUGCAGCAGCUGAUGGUUGCCUGCUCUGACUUCAGCUACCAGCCAGCUACUGUGACAACAUAUCCUCUCUCCUGGACCAACUCUGCUUAUCUAAUUUGUAUUUUCUUCCACGUCAGUAACUACUGCUGUCCACAAAGUAUUUUCCCACUGUGGCCUCAGUAAGAAAGUUAUGAGCUUUUGAUUUUUCCUGUGUUAUUUCCUGUUCAUUUGGUUGCAGUCUGGGUGCUUGGAAUUGGAUUAUAUAAUACAGGACAUGAUUGACUGGUAGAUGUAGAAUGUAGGAAGCAACUGGUGAUGAGUAUUUAGUUGGUAUUUGUUUCGUUCCAGCUUGUUUGGUCAUUUGAUCCCACACAGUUGAAAAAUGAGACUGACUAUUUGUAUUAUUAACUGUUAGAAAUUGGUACCGUAUUUGUCAUACAAGACUACUCCUACACACAAUUACCUCUGUACAGUUUAUAUGGUUAACCUUUCAGUCGAUAUUACCUUUUUCAGGACAACUUCAAGACAUUCUUCCAGUUGACCAUUCACUAAUCUGCUCUCCUCUCCUCUUCUUCCUGUCAGUCAGUGGAGAGCCUGCCGCCCACCCUGCGUUCAGGGAACCUGAGUGUUCUGAAGAAGCGCUGGGAGCAGCCAGGUCCUCGCCAAGACAGACCCGCCCCGCUAUCCGCCGGCCCACCCCGCACCCGCCUCUCCCCCCCUGCCGUACCAAAACCAACCCCCCCGACCGAGCACCUUCCCCCAGCCAAGUCCCCGGGAUCCCUGAGCACUCAGGGUGGUCAAAGCACAGCCGUCAGCCGCUUCCAGUAUCCAGCAGCAGCAGCUAUAGCCGAGGAGGGACAGAGAGGGAUGGAGAGGAAAGCGCAGCAGCCAAGCGAGCGAGUGGAGGAGGAAGAGCUGAUGCAGGUAGAAGAGAAGGUGGUGCCACCCAGCCCCUGCACACCCAUUGAGAAACCCAGCGUGCCUCUCAACAGCCUGAAGAUAAUGUUUGAGAAGGGAGAGGGCACCAAGGGAAAGGUAAGACUGAUAAGACACACAUACACUGUGGGUAUGUAUCCAUCUACACAGUAUCUCUCCCUCUCUCUCUCCUCUAAUGAUACUUCUCUCGCUCUGUCGCUUGGCAUCUUCCUCAACAUGUAG